UGGAGUCCGGGCAGAGCGAGCGUGAGGGGCGCGGGCUCUGGCGGGCUUGCCGCUGCCCGGCGAGAGCGCCCCGCGGAGCGGAGCUGCUGGACUCCCCGACGGGCCCCCUCCGGAGGCUGCAGCGCCCUCGGUUCCGAGCCCGACUGGAGCCGAGCCCAAGUCCUGACCCCUGAGGGGAUCGCUCUCUGCAGACCAGUGGGACCCCGAAACUUGAACGCAAUACCCAACCCCCUUUUUAUGCCCGCCUUUGUCACUUCUCCACCUUUCUCCCAACGGCCCCCCCUUUUUUUUUUUUCUUUUCUUUUUCUCCAUUCUCCCUCACGCGAAGGACACAGAAGUGGCUUCCGCGGAAAGAUCUGGAGGCGGUGGGAGCUUUUCUCUUUGGACAACGACUGUGUAGAAGGGAUUUUUGGGAAGCCUCGUUUUUAACACCUCAGCCCUCCUCCCCUCAAGCCUCCCUGUACCUCUCUGAGGAGGAAAACCCAUAAAUUGAAAGUUCGGGGGGGCAUUUUGCUGGGUGCUGUAGAAAGGACCCGGUCCUCGUCCUGGUAGUUGGCUGGACUGGUACCGGCCUUUGGAGAUCCCGAAGUACAUUUCCGUGUGGGACUUUUGCAGAUAUACAUUUUUAGAUUUUUAAGUGUCAGAUUAAAAAAAAAUAUAUAUGCUUUCUAUAUAUCUCCUGACGACCUGCCCCUGACAGCGCGAUGUACAAUACGGUGUGGAGUAUGGACCGCGAUGACGCAGACUGGAGGGAGGUGAUGAUGCCCUAUUCGACAGAACUGAUAUUUUAUAUUGAAAUGGAUCCUCCAGCUCUUCCACCAAAGCCACCUAAGCCAAUGACUCCAGCCAUUACAAAUGGGAUGAAGGACAGUUCUGUUUCUCUUCAGGAUGCAGAAUGGUAUUGGGGGGAUAUUUCAAGGGAGGAGGUAAAUGACAAAUUACGGGACAUGCCAGAUGGUACCUUUUUGGUCAGAGAUGCCUCAACAAAAAUGCAAGGAGAUUAUACUUUGACACUACGGAAAGGAGGCAAUAAUAAGUUAAUAAAGAUCUAUCAUCGAGAUGGUAAAUAUGGCUUUUCUGAUCCUCUGACAUUUAAUUCUGUGGUGGAGCUCAUUAACCACUAUCAUCAUGAAUCACUUGCUCAGUACAAUCCCAAACUUGAUGUGAAGUUGAUGUACCCUGUAUCCAGAUACCAACAGGAUCAGUUGGUAAAAGAAGAUAACAUUGAUGCAGUAGGCAAAAAAUUGCAAGAGUACCACUGUCAGUAUCAGGAAAAGAGCAAAGAGUAUGAUAGGCUAUAUGAAGAAUAUACCAGAACAUCCCAGGAAAUACAGAUGAAGAGAACUGCAAUUGAAGCUUUUAAUGAAACAAUUAAAAUAUUUGAAGAGCAGUGUCACACACAGGAACAACAUAGCAAAGAAUAUAUUGAGCGAUUUCGCAGAGAGGGGAAUGAAAAAGAAAUUGAACGAAUUAUGAUGAAUUAUGACAAAUUGAAGUCACGUCUGGGUGAGAUUCAUGAUAGCAAAAUGCGCCUAGAGCAGGAUUUGAAGAAACAAGCUUUGGAUAACCGGGAAAUAGAUAAAAAAAUGAAUAGUAUCAAACCUGACCUGAUCCAGCUGCGCAAAAUCCGAGAUCAGCAUCUUGUAUGGCUCAAUCACAAAGGAGUAAGACAGAAGCGCCUGAAUGCCUGGCUUGGAAUCAAGAAUGAGGAUGCUGAUGAGACCUAUUUCAUCAAUGAGGAAGAUGAAAACUUGCCCCAUUAUGAUGAGAAAACUUGGUUUGUUGAGGAUAUCAAUCGAGUACAAGCAGAGGACUUGCUUUAUGGGAAACCUGACGGUGCAUUUUUAAUUCGGGAAAGUAGCAAGAAAGGAUGCUAUGCUUGCUCUGUUGUGGCUGAUGGGGAAGUGAAGCACUGUGUGAUCUACAGCACUGCUCGGGGAUACGGCUUUGCAGAGCCCUACAACCUGUACAGCUCACUGAAGGAGCUGGUGCUCCACUACCAGCAGACCUCUCUCGUUCAGCACAAUGACUCCCUCAACGUCAGGCUUGCCUACCCUGUCCAUGCACAGAUGCCCUCGCUCUGCAGAUAAAGGGGGAAUGGGAAGA